AUGGGGAGCAAAAUCUAUCCGUGGUCUCGAUGGGGCGGCGCCGCCGCCGCUUCGCCGGCGGUGAUCAGCUUGAUGCCGGCGGCGAUUCUGGCAAUGACGGCGGCGCUGGGGGCCGACGACAGGGAGGGGCUUGGCCGGCUGGUCGAGCGGUCGCUCCAGGGGACGCCGCAGGCGGCGGCGGGGGCGGAGAGGAGGCGGCGCAGCCACCGUCGGCGCUCCGACUGCGACGCCCUCCGCUCGCUACGCCGCGUUGUGGAGGGAAUCGAGGCGCAGAUCACGCCGGCGGUGGGGGUCCCCCGGCCGGAGACGGACGGCGCCUCCGCAGCCGCCGGAGCCAGCGUGGAGAGGGCGGCGGCGGGCGGGUGGCGCCGCGGCGGCGUGGAGUCUGUGGAGGUCGUACGGAAGAUCAGAAUAUUGUGAUAGAACCCAGCCUUCGCCCAUUUUCCCUCUAUUUUUGGGUGGGGGAAUAUGA